AAUACGGGGACACUGGAGAAGGUGGUGCAGAAGGAGCUGAAGAGGACCGAGGACCCCAAGGCGUCUACGGAACUCCCCGCGCAGGCGCCCGCCGAAGGGACCGCCCCCCCCGCAGAGUUUGGGCGGCAGGGUGCUCCCGGUCGGCCCCCCUCCUCCCCCGCCCCGAAGCCUCCCGCUUUGGCGCUGCUCCGCGCUCGCACCGAGGGAGACUCUGAGGAGCCGGGCAAUGCGAAGAGGGCGAAGGUGGGAGGGGUGGAGGAGGAGGAGGAGGAGGAGGAGGAGGAGGAGGAGGAACGCGCCGAGCUGGCGAAGGAGCCAAUCAAAAAGAUGAGUGUGAGUGACGCGGAGGAGCCCUUCCCGCUCGACAUGGACGAGAUGGUCACGGUGGACGAGGUCACCGAGGACGACUGUCACUCAACCAAGGGGGCGGUGUCCGCCGCGGAGUCACCUGACGCCGAGGGACCAAUGGGGACGGUGGUGUCGCAUGGGGCGGCGGCACCGGAGGAAUCUGUGUCGCAUGGGGGGGCGGCACCGGAGGAAGCGGUGUCACAUGGGGGGGCGGCACCAGAGACACCAGUCUCACAUGGGGGGCCGGCACCUGUGGAAUCACUGUCACAUGGGGGGGCUGCACCAGAGAAACCGGUGUCACAUGGGAGGGCGGCACCAGAGAAAUCGGUGUCACAUGGGGGGGCGGCACCUGUAGAAUCACUGUCACAUGGGGGGGCUGCACCAGAGAAACCGGUGUCACAUGGGGGGGCGGAACCGGAGAAACCGGUACCACAUGUGGAGGCGGAACCGGAGAAGCCGGUGUCACAUGGGGGGGCAGCACCAGAGAAAACAGUCUCACAUGGGGGGGCGGCACCUGUAGAAUCUGUGUCACAUGGGGGGGCGGCACCAGAGACACCAGUAUCACAUGGGGGGGCGGCACCAGAGAAACUGGUCUCACAUGGGGGGGCGGCACCUGUAGAAUCUAUGUCACAUGGGGGGGCGGCACCAGAGACACCAGUAUCACAUGGGGGGGCGGCACCAGAGAAGCCGGUAUCACAUGGGGGGGCGGCACCAGAGAAACCGGUGUCACAUGGGGGGGCGGUAACUGUGGAAUCGGUGUCACAUGGGGGGGCGGCACCAGAGAAGCCGGUGUCACAUGGGGGGGCGGCACCAGAGAAACCGGUGUCACAUGGGGGGGCGGUAACUGUGGAAUCGGUGUCACAUGGGGGGGCGGCACCAGAGACACCAGUAUCACAUGGGGGGGCGGCACCAGAGACACCAGUCUCACAUGGGAGGGCGGAACCGGAGAAGCCGGUGUCACAUGGGGGGGCGGCACCAGAGACACCAGUCUCACAUGGGGGGGCGGUAACUGUGGAAUCGGUGUCACAUGGGGGGGCGGCACCAGAGAAACCGGUGUCACAUGGGGGGGCGGUGCCUGUAGAAUCUAUGUCACAUGGGGGGGCGGCACCAGAGAAAUCAGUGUCACAUGGGGGGGCGGAACCGGAGAAUCCGGUGUCACAUGGGGUGGCACCUGUAGAAUCGGUGUCACAUGGGAGGGCGGCACCAGAGAAAUCAGUGUCACAUGGGGGGGCGGCACCUGUAGAAUCGGUGUCACAUGGGGGAGCGGCACCUGUAGAAUCGGUGUCACAUGGGGGGGCGGCACCUGUAGAAUCGGUGUCACAUGGGGGAGCGGCACCUGUAGAAUCGGUGUCACAUGGGGGGACAGCACCUCUGGGGGCGACGCCGCCUCAGCAGGAGUCAACUGACGGGCAGCAGCCAAUGGGAGACGAGGUGAAGGGGGCGGCUCCUGUGGCGAAGGUGGCGACGUCGUUACGCGGUGUGGAGGUCGCCACGGAGCCCCAGCGACAAGCAGGAGACUCCCUGGAACGUGGGGAACCAGAGGACGAGCCGCCGUCUAAGAAAGCCAAGAUUCUGCAGAAGGUCGGAGCCUCACAGCCAUCGAUGGGAGAACCAAUCGGGAUGGAGUUCCUGGUCCCCAAGACCGGCUUCUACUGUCAGCUCUGCUGUCUCUUCUACAGCCGCGUGGACGUCGCCAAGAAACUUCACUGCAGCAGCAGCCUGCACUACCGCAACGUAGAGAAGUACCGUGCACAGCUGAAGAGGAAGCAGCAGCAGGAGGGGGCCCCCCCCCAGCCCCCCCCGGCACACGGAGGGGGGGGAGGGGAGGGAGGGGGGACCCAGCCUGGCCCCUAGCCCCUCCCCUCGCACACCACCAC